GCAGUGGCCGCAUGUUUUACACAUCCCCUUGACCUGGCUAAAGUACGCAUGCAGAGUCUUGGUCCUACUGUACCAAGUCCAUCUAUGCUCAAAAUUCUGCGCCACUCGAUAUCCAACUAUGGACCUCGUAGUGUUUAUACCGGUCUCUCUGCCUCGCUUAUGCGUCAAAUGACCUACUCCCUCGUACGCCUAGGCAGCUACGAGGAGAUGAAAAGCCUCAUGUCUGAGAAUGGUCGUCCCCCAUCCACCGGGAAGCUUCUCCUGGCAGCUGGCGUGGCUGGCGGUUUGGGAGGAAUCGCAGGAAAUCCAGCAGAUGUUCUACUGGUUCGGAUGACCAGUGACUCCAUUCGUCCGCCAGAAAAGCGCUACAAUUACCGCAACGCUAUCACUGGACUCAUCUCCUUAGUGAAAGAGGAUGGCUGGAAAGGUCUUUCACGCGGCCUCGGGACAAAUACGACCCGUGCAGUCUUGAUGAAUACAUCACAGGUUGGAUCCUAUGACUUUUUCAAAACCACUCUCCUGCAAUACCCCGUACCCCUGGUCAACUAUCAAUUCCAUGAUGGUUUCUUCUUGCAUGUAGUUGCAAGUCUUGCAGCCGGAACAUGCGGCACGACUGUAUGCUCUCCCGCUGAUGUCAUAAGGACAAGGAUCAUGGGCUCUUCUGGAAAGGCUAGUCCAAUAGAAGUUCUGGUCCGUUCUUUGCGCGAGGAAGGUCCCGCGUUCAUGUUCAAAGGCUGGACGCCCGCUUGGAUGCGUCUUGGCCCUAACACCGUCCUGAUGUUCGUCUUUUUCGAGCAACUGAAACGCGGCUGGUCCUCCUUGGUCCCCUCGUAA